UAACCCUACGCGCGUUGAGGUAGUAACCUCAUUUCUUAGCAAGUGCUUUAUAUCUUCUUUCAAAAACAAAACAGGUAUCGAUAAACCGCUUGCGAUAUGCCAUUCUGUUAAUCUGAGACGAAAAAUGGGGCCGUUAUUACCAGAAUGUUCGUUCGGGAACUUUAUAAGCUUUGUUGGUACAGUAUUGACAGCAAAGGAUAAGGAGUUGAGUGAAUUAGUGAGUGAACUAAGAGAAGCAAUGAAAAAAGUGGACAUUGAUACUCUGAAGAAGAUAAAAAGUGGAGGUGAAGUAGGAUUCCUCAAGUAUUAUGAUGCAAUGAAAGAGGUCAGAAGUUUAUAUACUAACCCGGAAUUCGGCAGUGAAGCGACGGAGUUUGUUGGGUUUACCAGUUCGUGCAACUUCGGUAUAUAUGAUAUUGAUUUUGGCUGGGGAAAGCCAAUAUGGGCGGCUUGUCUUGUACCGGACGCCGAUGAGUCACAUGUCAGUUUCGUUUUUUUGAUGGAUAGAAGAGUAGAUAAAGGAAUAGAAGCAUGGGUGUUGAUGAAGGAAGAUGAGUUUGAUGUUUUAGGAAAGGAUACAGAGCUUCUUCAAUAUGCUUCCAUUAAUCCAUCUCCAAUUUAUAAUUAA